CAAGCUAAUUAAAGCAGCCUUAGCUAGCUAAUUAACUCUACUAGCUAAGCUCGAUCACUUCAUCACACUUGAGCAAUGGCUUAUUCCAAGAUCGCUCCCCUCCUCGCCCUGACCAUCCUCCUCUUCGCCGCCGCUGCGCACGGCUGCGCGCCAUACUGCCCCGGAGGGGCGCCGCCGGUCAUCCCGACGCCGCCGGUGGUGGUGCCGACGCCGCCGGCGCACCACCACCACGGCGGCCACGGCCAUGGGCGCUGCCCGAUCGACGCCUUGAAGCUGAGGGUGUGUGCCAACGUGCUCAACGGGCUCGUCGGCGUCAAGAUCGGAGCUGGCCCCGACGACUGCUGCCCGCUGCUGUCCGGCCUAGCCGACCUCGACGCCGCCGUCUGCCUCUGCACCGCCAUCAAGGCCAACGUUCUUGGGAUCAUCAACCUCAACAUCCCCGUCGAUCUCAGCCUCAUCCUCAACAACUGCGGCAAGAUCUGUCCCUCCGAUUUCACCUGCUAAUUAAGCUCAGCUGCUCAAGCUUGCAUACAUGGACAAAUGCGCAGAAACAAUAUUCGUAAUUAAGCUUAUCUAUUUCAUUCGAUGAUGGCUAGCUAGCUAGCUGCAUGCAUGCCGUGGCUAUGUCAUCCAGAAUAAGAUGUGUUGUUGUUUUACUCUGUUCCCUUAUAUCAAUUUUGUAUUGUGUUGUAUUGUAUUCGAAUUGAAUGAGUUAACGAGUUUUGUAAAACCGAUUUGUGCUUCAUCAAUGAAAUAUCUGUGGUGUAAGAUUGUUGUGACAA